AUGAACUUGACAGUUUUUGAAGUGCUUAGUAACGGGCAGAUAAAGGAAAAGUAUUCAACAACGGGCAGGGACUGGGAUGGUUCCUUCUUGUUCAAAGAAUUCUACAAAUUUUUAGAGGAACUUUUCGGGGAAGAUACCAUGCAAUCCUUCAAAUCAAAAGAGCCAACAGAAUUCUUAGAAAUGCGAAAGGAUUUUGAUAUUCAGUCACGCUUCAUCGACACAAGCCGGAAAACAGUUAGUUUUCGGCUUCCUCCAUCAUUAUUUGAAAUGGUUGAUGCUAUUCGAAAAGAAACGGUUCAAGAUUUGAUCAAAUCUGUUGCAAGAAUGUACAACAGCCGAAUUUCUUGCUAUGGAAACAAACUUAAAGUUUGUGCAUCUAUGUGUACAAAUUUUUUUCACCCUGUCAAACACAGUAUAUACAGUAAUUUGCGAAGAGUUUUGACGCACCCGGGUGUCCAACAAGUAGAUUUAGUUCUACUUGUUGGUGGAUUCUCUGAGUCAGCGUUCCUUAUAGAUGCUAUAAAGAAAGAGUUUCGAAACCAUAGAAUUACAACUCCUGAAAAUCCAAUGCUCUCGGUAUUGAUAGGUGCAGCAAUUUAUGGUCACGAUCCUUCUAUUAUUCGACAAAACAUUGCCAAACUCACGUAUGGGUGUGUAGAAGUGUACAACGAACAAAGAUUUUCAGCAAAGGAAAUCCCUUUAAGUAGCGGCAAAUUUGAUCGUCUAAUAGAGAUCGGCCAGACUUUGAAGAUAGGAAGAACACAACUCUUCAGAAAGUACAAACCGGAUCCUGGUUCCAAAAGUAUAUCCAUCUACUUCUACGGUUCCAAAAUGGCAAAUCCAAAUUAUGUGAAUGACAAAGGUUGUUUUUAUCUUGGAAGUGUUGCUCUAAAAUUCCCUAAACAUGAAAAAGAAAUAGGUGAGAUAAGAUUGGAAGUUGCAUUCACUGGGUCAGCGAUCAAUGCAAGUCUGAUAAACAUUUCCUCUGGCUACACUGAGAAGUCUUCGAUAAACACAAGUUUCAAAGCGAGCCCUGGUGACUAUUUGAUUGUUGGUGCAAUGGACUUUGGAACAACUUACUCAGGUUAUGCUUUUUCGACUAAGCACAAUUAUCUUGACGAUCCAGCAACAAUUCAUAAAAGAACCUGGACAGCAACCUCAGGACAACUUCAAUCACUUAAAGUUCCAACUUGUGCGUUGUUUACUCCAAAGAAAAAAUUUCAUUCAUUUGGGUAUGAAGCAGAGGACGAAUUCGUUUCUCUCUCAGAGAAUGAUGAGCAUAAAGACUGGUAUUUUUUUAGAAGGUUCAAAAUGAAGUUGUACAAAAAAGUGACUAUAACAGAUGACUUUCUGCUGAAAUCAUCGGACAACAAGACUCUUCCUGCAGUUCUGGUGUUCUCAUCAAUAAUACGUUACUUACGAAACGAAAUGUUGAACGAUGUUCACUUCAUAAACCUCAAUAUACAUUCCUACGCCUUAAGAUGGGUCAUCACUGUUCCUGCAAUUUGGACAGAUGCUUCCAAAUCUUUCAUGCGAAAAUGUGCCUUUCAGGCAGGAAUUGAAGAUGAAAAAUUAGUCAUAGCACUAGAGCCAGAAGCUGCAGCACUGUACAGCAAUUUGGUGUCGAUUAAAGAUCAAGUUGGAGAGAUCAAAAUGGUCAAUGGGAUGAAAUACCUAGUUUGUGAUGCCGGAGGUGGAACCGUGGACAUUACGGUGCAUCAAAUGAUUGACAACACGGGCCAUUUACGAGAAUUAUACAAAGCUUCUGGAGGGGACUGGGGAGGUACGAAAGUGGAUGAAGAGAUGGAAAUAUUUUAUGAAAAAGUGGUAGGAAAAGAAGUAAUGGACAAAUUUAAAGAAGAAUAUCCAGAAGACGCGUUGGAGUUGUCCAGAGAAUUCGAAACCAAGAAAAGGUCCUUUUCAUCAACAACAGAUAAAGUAUCAUUCAAUCUUCCCGAAUCUUUAUUGACCGUAUAUGAAGAAUAUACUGAGAUGAGCUUGUCAAAUGAUGCAAUUAUAACAAGUGGCUUAGAAAAAUAUGCAAAAAUAUCCGAGGAACGAAUUCGCAUAAAUGGUGAUUAUUUUAGAACAUUUUACGAUAAUUCUAUUUCUCAGAUUGUCGGUCACUUAAAAGAAAUCUUUGAAGACCCAAACUUAAACGAUGUUGGUCUUAUUCUACUCGUUGGAGGAUAUGCAGAAUCAUUUAUCCUGCAAGAUGCUCUUGUAAGUUCGUUUCCCCAAAAGAGGUUACUUGUACCAAAAGAGGCAGGACUGUCUGUCCUAAAAGGUGCUGUCAUAUUUGGUCAUAAUCCAAGUUUGAUAACUGAAAGAAAAGCAAAGUACACCUACGGUGUUAAAUGCCGGAUUCUGUUCAUUGAUAAAAUACAUCGUGAAGACUACAAAAUAUUUGAUGAGGGUGAAAUGUGGUGCAGAAAUGUAUUUCACCGUCAUGUGACUAUUGGUGACACACUUGUUGUUGGGAAAAACCAAUCAGCUAAAACAUAUACAAAAAGUAAAUAUUCACGCAGUGUUAAAGUUGAGGUAUAUGCAUCUUUGAAGAAAAAUCCGAUGUACACUACUGAUGAGGGAUGCUUUUAUCUAGGUGGUAAAUCUCUGAAGUUUGAAGACCAAAAUGCCUUAAGUGCUAGUGAAAUAGAAGUAAAGAUGUCUUUCAGUGGUACAGAAAUUGAAGUGACAAUGAUCUAUAAAGCAACAGGAAGAAUCACAAAGCUCUAUCUUGAACAUGACAAACAGUAA